UGGGACGCGCGGGCCGGGCCAGGGAGCCCUGGCUCCCGCGGGGCCCGGCGGGCGGGGGCCGCUCGCUUUGUCCGCGGGUGCCGCCGCCUCAGCCGGAGCGGGGCGGGCAGCUGCAAAGCCCCUGCAGCCCGCCGAGCCGGCCGAGCACGGCUGCGGUCCCCUCCGCGGCGAGGGGCGCGGGGGGUUGCGGUGCCUUCCGCCAAAGUCCGGCUCGGCGCCUUCGGAGUCCGGCGGCGGGAGCGGGCGGCCUGCGAUGGGAGCGGGCUCCGGGCCGGGAGCGGGGCGCGCCGCGGCCGCCGCCGGCGCUCGGGCAAGCGCGGCGCUGCCAGCCCGGCUCUCCGCGCUCACCGGGGUCCGGGCGAGCCCCGAGCGCCUCGGACCAAUCCAAAGCGAUUAUGCAAGACGGCGGACCAAUCAGCUCCGCCGUCUCAUGAAUAUUCAUAGACUUGGCUGAGUCAAAGCUUUUAGGCGAGUUUGUGUAGAUCUACAGCAUCAUGCUUAGACUUUUCAAAGAGACAAAUUCCAUUUUCUUAUGAAUGGAAAGUGAAAAACCCUGUUUCGCUUAAAUUGGGUUCUUUCCUGUCCUGAGAAACACAACAGACCCCAAAAAGGCAAGCUGAAGAGAGAACACACACACAGACCAAGCGACAAGAAAUGACCAUGACUACCAUGCCAGAGAGUCUAAAUAGCCCCGUCUCAGGGAAGGCUGUCUUUAUGGAGUUUGGGCCGCCCAGCCAGCAAAUGUCUCCUUCUCCCAUGUCCCACGGACACUAUUCCAUGCACUGUUUACACUCCGCGGGCCACUCUCAGCCUGACAGCUCGUACAGCACAGCUUCGUCCUUCUCCCGACCGCUGGGCUACCCCUAUGUGAACUCGGUCAGCAGCCACUCGACCAACCCCUACAUCAGUUCAGUGCAGUCCUACCCCAACAGCUCCAGCCUGACUCAGACCCGGUUAGAGGAGACAGGGGCCGAAUCGGAGAAAAGCACUGUGGUAGAAGGAGGGGAAGUUCGCUUUAAUGGGAAAGGGAAAAAAAUCCGCAAACCCAGGACUAUUUACUCCAGUUUGCAGCUACAGGCUUUGAACAGGAGGUUCCAGCAGACUCAGUACCUGGCUCUCCCCGAAAGAGCCGAGCUCGCAGCCUCUCUGGGACUCACCCAGACCCAGGUGAAGAUUUGGUUUCAGAACAAGCGCUCCAAAUUCAAGAAGCUGAUGAAGCAGGGAGGGGCCGCCCUGGAGAGCAGCGCCUUGACCAACGGCAGGGCUCUCUCGGGCAGCUCGCCACCCGUGCCUCCAGUGUGGAAUACCACCUCCGCCUCCGGUAAGGCCUCGUCGGGGACCCCGGGCACCUACAUCCCCAGCUACACGUCGUGGUACCCUUCGGCCCACCAAGAAGCUAUGCAGCAGCCGCAACUGAUGUGAUUAUAUAUACGUUUUCCCCUAACGCAAGCACUCUCGGUCCCGAAAAGAAUUAAAAUUAUUACAGGAAAAAAAAACUCAAAAAAACCAAAACAAAACAAAAAAAGAAACUAAGUCAAAUAAAAGGAAAGAAAAAAAAAUGAGGGGAAAAGAGAGAGAGAAUUAAAAUUAAAAAAAAAAAAACCAACCCACAAAAGAAACCCAAGCAAACAAACAAACAGGAGGUCUCUUGCCCAUCCAGCCAUUAGGACGCUGCACGGUAGCUCGGUGCAGGAGAGCACAGAUGUGAUGCGGGCCGGUUCCCACCGCUGACAGCUGACGGAGCGGCCCCGAGCACCGCACAACAGCCUGGGAGCAGAGCGAGCGCCGGCCGCGGCUUUGUGGGACAAUCAGAAAAAGAUGUCUGGGGGGCGGGGAAGCCCUCUCCUCUGUCCUGUCUGUCUGUCUGUGUCUGUUGAAAUGUAGGUCAUUUAUUUACUACCCCGAUCUGACCGUCUCUUAAAUUGCAAGGGGGAAGGAAGCUGUACAAUUUACCAGAGCUUCUUUCCCGCGACAUUUUCUGUACCUUUCACUGUCCAUCUGUAUAUUUUUUGUUGUUGUUAAAAGGGGAAGACAGGGGGUUUAUUUAUUGAUUUAAAUUGCCACUAUGAGAGUGCUAGAAACAAACUCAGCUUGCUGAGUGUACUGCUUGGACGCACAGUUUAAACAAAACCACAGACGGUCCGUCGUCCCGUUCCCCCCUCCUUCUCCCCGAGUAAAUCACCACGAGGGAAGGAUGCGAUUUUAACUUUUACAGUAACUUUUAUACUUCGCUGGUGUGGAAAAUUUUGAUCCGAGUGAUUUGCAUUUCUCAAGUAUUUAACAAAGGAAAUAAAUGCACAUUGUUUGGUACUCUGAAGUGGAAUUGCAGCAGCUGCCAGCGCUUUGCUGAGGUGAAGCAAGGCGCAGAGGACGGAACGACAGCCCGGAGGGCGGCGGGGGGGACCCACCGGGAGGGCGGGCGGGCGGGCACACCCGCGCUGUCCCGGCGUGGCCUCCCCGCGCAAAGUCGGCCCGAAGUUGAAAUGCACAAAUCGACGUGCAGGAGCUACUCGCUGUACAUAUUUUAUUCUUAAUUAUUAUUAUUAUUAUUAUUAUUGUUCUGUAAACAUGUUGCACAAAUUUAGCCUUUUUAAUUAUUAUUAUUAUUAUUAUUAUUUCUGUUCUGUUUCGUGUGGCUGUAAAACAUGAUGCUUUGUGUACUGAGAUCUUGACAUUUUACUUGUGAAUUCGGAAAAUGUGAUAAACUGAGCUCGGCUGUGUUUAGUGUUCUAUAUGUCAAAGUUUAGUUUUAUAUUGAGAAUGUUAACUUAUUGCUUUGUAUCUGGGGGAGGAAAUGAAAAAAAAAAAAACAAUCCACACAAAUCUUUGUACAUAAGUUAUAAAGUUUCUUUGAGACAGUAAAAUUAUGGUUUGGAAAAA